UUCUCUACCGGUGCUGAUAAAGAGGCAGGGGCGACUGUGGAUCUGCGUUAAGAUGGUGGCUGCUGAAUCCGGGAGGCCUCAUGUUGCACUUCUUCCAAGCCCAGGCAUGGGCCAUAUAAUUCCCCUGUUGGAGAUGGCCAAACGCUUGGCGCUCCACCAUGGCUUCCAUGUCAGCUUCAUCACCAUCACCACCGAAGCUUCAGCUGCCCAGACCCAGCUGCUCCGUUCCCCCAACCUUCCUUCCGGGCUUCACGUCGUCGAACUCCCUCCUGCUGACAUGUCUACCAUUCUCCAUGACGACAUGACGAUCGUGCAACGGCUAUGUCUCAUUGUCCAGGAGAGCCUCCCUUAUAUCAGGUCCGUUCUCAGGGAGAACCCACCCCGAGCUCUCAUAGUGGACAUAUUCUGCACCGAUGCUUUCCAGAUUGCCAAAGACCUUUCCAUUCCCGCUUACUCCUUCUUUACUGCCUCUACGGCUUUGCUUGCCUUGUCUUUGUACCUUCCAACCAUGGACCGUGAGAUUGAGGGCGAGUACGUGGAUCUUCCAAAGCCAGUUCAGGUCCCUGGAUGCAACGCUAUUCGCACUGAAGACCUACUAGACCAGGUCCGCAACCGGAAGAUUGAGGAGUACAAGUGGUACUUGUUAAGCGUCAGCCGGCUGCCCAUGGCGGUUGGUAUUUUCGUGAACACUUGGGAGGAUCUUGAACAGGUGUGGCUACGAGGUCUGAGGGAGAACUCUUUCUUCCAGCAGAUACCAAUUCCACCGGUUCUUCCAAUCGGACCGCUGAUCAAAGAGGAUGAACCACUGACUGACUUCGACAAUGACUGCAUUGCGUGGCUAGACAAGAAGCUACCGGACUCCGUUCUAUUCAUAUCACUGGGUAGUGGUGGCACACUGACAUCCACACAGCUCACUGAGUUGGCAUGGGGCUUAGAACUCAGCCAACAACGAUUCAUCUUGGUGGUACGCACGCCAAGCGAUGCAAGUGCGUCUGGUGAAUUUUUCAACGUGGGGAAUAAUGUAAUGAAAGCGGAGGCAUAUCUGCCCCAAGGGUUCAUGGAAAGGACUCAAGAAGUUGGACUGGUGAUCCCGUCUUGGGCUCCACAAGUGGCGGUGCUCCGCCACCCCUCCACCGGCGGAUUCCUCUCACACUGCGGGUGGAACUCGACCUUGGAAAGCAUAAGCCACGGCGUUCCCAUGAUUGUGUGGCCGCUGUACGCGGAACAAAGGAUGAAUGCCACGGUGUUGACGGAAGAGGUGGGGGUGGCAGCGCGUCCAGUGGUGGGAGAAGGGAAAAACAUAGUGGGACGGGAGGAGAUAGAGAGGGUGGUGAGGUUGGUGAUGGAAGGUGAAGAGGGGAAAGAGAUGAGGCGUAGGGUGCGAGAGCUGCAAAGCAGUGCCCUGGCCACACUGAAACCAGGUGGGCCAUCUUUUGAGGCCCUUUCUGAAGUGGCUGGGACCUGGACAACCACCGCUCAUUAGUUCGCUGCGACACGUCCCGCAUUUAAUUUGUUUGCUGUCUCUUUUUAUUUAUUAAUCGUCGCACCAAUAAUACUACACGGUCUUGGCCUUGAGUAGCAGGUGGGGGCGGGUUGAAGUCUUGAAAGUUGAGAUCUGUUGACCACGUUGCCAACACCACACCCCUUGUCAUUAAUUUAGCCCUUUCCUAAGUUACGUCAUGUUUCCGACUUUUAUAAAUAGGAGAGAAAUCACGCUCAGAGUCCUCUCGCACCUCUAUUCCUUCUUUUUGUUAUUUCUUUUAUAUUCUAAUAUAAGUCUCGUAGAAAAAUAUUUGUGGAAGAUUGAAACACCA